AUGGAGCAUCCUGGAAACAUGGAGCAUCCUGGAAACAUGGAGCAUCCUGGAGCAUCCUGGAAACAUGGAGCAUCCUGGAAACAUGGAGCAUCCUGGAGCAUCCUGGAAACAUGGAGCAUCCUGGAGCAUCCUGGAAACAUGGAGUAUCCUGGAGCAUCCUGGAAACAUGGAGCAUCCUGGAAACAUGGAGCAUCCUGGAGCAUCCUGGAAACAUGGAGCAUCCUGGAAACAUGGACGGCGGAGGCUGACCAUGUGGACGGCGGACUGUCCGUGUCUGACUCCUUCACCCUCCCUCACCCUCACCCCCUGUUGUCCCACCCGGCCCUGCUGGACCCCAGCCUAUCAAACAGCUUGGCCAUGGGUCUGGUCGACCACGACCUGCUCACCUGUGGCCAGUGUCAGAUGAACUUUCCCCUGGGAGACAUCCUGCUCUUCAUCGAGCACAAGAAGAAGCAGUGCCAGACCCCACUGCAAGGCCACGGCUGCAGACACAAGAUGGCCGCUGACCGCAGCAGCCCCUCCCCGCCCCACCAGCAGCAGCAGAACCAGGGUCGCCACGGCCACUGCCAGCUGAGGAAAGUGGUGGAACCGGUGGAAAUCGGAAUCCAGGUGACACCGGAGGACGAGAGGCUGAUGGUGACGCCGACCAAAGGAAUUUGCCCCAAGCAGGAGAGCGUCCUGGCUGGCAGGGACGAGCCUUCAAGCUACAUCUGCACCACGUGUAAGCAGCCCUUCCCCAGUGCCUGGUUCCUCCUGCAGCAUGCCCAGAACAGCCAUGGCAUCCGCAUCUACCUGGAGUCCAACCCCUCCAGCUCGUCGCUCACCCCCCGCAUCACCAUCCCCGGGCCCCCCAUGGGCCAGGACUCCAUCCCCCAGUCCCCCCUCACCAACUUUCUGGGAGAGAACAACCCCUUCCACCUGUUGAGGAUGACUGGGCCCCUGCUCCGGGAGCCCCCACCAGGCUUCAUGGAGAACCGCGGAGGCCUUCCCAACACGCCGCCCUUCGUCAGCCCCUCACCCCGCCACCACCUGGACCCCCACCGGCUGGAACGCCUUAGUGCCGAGGAAAUGGGGCUCAUCUCCCAGCACCCCAGUGCCUUUGAGAGGGUGAUGCGGCUGACGCCCAUGGCCAUCGAGGCCCAAUCCAUGGACUUCUCCAGGCGGCUCAGGGAGCUGGCGGGGAGCAAUAACGUGGCCACACCUCCUCUUUCGCCCAGCCGGGCCAACCCUAUGCACCGCCUGCUCAACCCCAACCCCUUCCAGCCAAGCCCCAAGUCACCCUUUCUCAGCACCCCGCCCCUGCCGGCCAUGCCCCCCAACAGCACCACCCCGCCCCAGACACAGGCCAAGAGCAAGUCAUGCGAGUUCUGCGGGAAGAGCUUCAAGUUCCAGAGCAACCUGGUGGUCCACCGGCGGAGCCACACCGGGGAGAAGCCCUAUAAGUGUCAGCUAUGCGACCAUGCCUGCUCCCAGGCCAGCAAGCUGAAGAGACACAUGAAGACACACAUGCACAAAUCUGGCUCCAUGACAGGGAGGUCUGACGAUGGGCUUUCCACCACCAGCUCCCCCGAGCCGGGCACCAGCGAAGUGACCGGAGAAGGCAUGAAGAACAGAGAGGGAGACUUCAGGGGGGAGGGUGAAGAGGAGGAAGAGGAAGAGGAUGAAGAGGAGAUGGAGAACGAGAGCAGGCCAGAGUCAAACUUCAGCAUGGACAACAUGGAGUUCUACCGUAACCGUGAGAACGGCUCCAAGCCGCCGCCAGACGAGAAGAACUCUCUCUCCCUGGGUAAGAUGGUGGAGAAUGUGGGCCUGAGCACUAUACAGCAGUACAAUAACUUGAUAGUCGACAAUCGUAAAAAUCGGAUGCCCUUCUCUAAGAAGGGGUCCGACGGGCAGCGGGACACUGGGGAUGAGGACUCUGUGGUGGGAGAGAUGGAGAGGGAGCACCAUCACCACCAGAUGGAAAGGGAUCACCAGAGGCCCACUGUCAACGGCAGGAACUGUGGCUCCGGCAACUCUUUCUCAAGCCUUUUCCCCCGCAAGCCCACACCCAUCACCAGCCCUAGCCUGUCCAACUCUUCCAACAAGAGGAUCAAGAUUGAGAAGGAUCUGGACAUGCCCCCGGCACCAAUCAUCCCCUCUGAGAACGUCUACUCCCAGUGGCUGGUGGGUUACGCCGCCUCACGACACUUCAUCAAAGACCCUUUCCUGGGCUUCACCGACUCCAGACAAUCUCCCUUCGGCACCUCCUCUGAGCACUCGUCUGAGAACGGCAGCCUGCGCUUCUCCACGCCUCCUGGGGACCUCCUGGAUGGCGGCCUGUCGGGGCGCAGCGGCACAGCCAGCGGGGGCAGCACCCCUCACCUGGGGGGAAUGGGAUCCGGCCGGCCCGGCUCCAAGGAGAGCCGACGGAGCGACACCUGCGAGUACUGCGGCAAGGUGUUCAAGAACUGCAGCAACUUGACAGUGCACCGGCGCAGCCACACGGGAGAGAGGCCCUACAAGUGCGAGCUGUGCAACUACGCCUGCGCCCAGAGCUCCAAGCUCACACGCCACAUGAAGACCCACGGGCAGAUGGGGCUCCCUGUGAUGUGUAGUUGA